GAUCCCCUCCCCACCCCACCCAUUCGUCCUUGUCUUUAUUUUUAUUCUCUUCCUUCCUUCCUUCCUUCCACUUUCUUCUUUUCUCCCUCCUCCCCCCUCCUCCUCCUCUCUCCAAUGUGCUGCUGCUUAUCCUCCUCCACCCCCACCCCCACUUCAAUUACGAUUGAUUGAUUGACCGCCUUUUGCUUUUCCUUGGUUCCACAAUCAUGGUCAUGGAGCUGCUGCUGUGCUGCGCUGUCGCCGAUUAACCGCCCCAGCUCGACAAACACUUGCUCUCCACUCAUCAUCAUCUACCCUUCUUUGCUCUACCCUACCUAGACCUCCUUCCUCUAUGGAGGCUGCUAUUGGGGCUGAAGCAGCAGCAGCUCAUCCGCUGUAUUAUGCUAGUAUGCCUUCUAGGGGAGCUGCUGCUGCUGCUGCUGCAGCAUCGGAUUUGAGAGCGGUGGCCAACCGAACCCCGCUGGAAUGGGAUCCCAGCGACUGGAGAUGGGACGGCGACCUCUUUAUUGCUACCCCUCUCAAUCGCCGCUCUCCCGAUUGCCAAAGCAUCCAACUUUUCCCGCUCGAGACCGGACUCACCGUCACCUCUGCUCGGGAUUCCUCCAACAGCUCUUCCUCCUAUUCCGAUGAUUCGAGUCAAGGACUUGCUCAGUACGUUGUUAGGGAUUCCGAGAGGAAAAGGAGGAUCAGUUCAGUCGCAGACAAUAAUUUGCCCGAUAAUCUCACCCUCAACCUUGGGGGUGGUGGGCGGGGCUACGCCAUACCCGUGAAUGGCGGCGGGGAAGCCACCGCCACAGCCGCACCUGGGAAGAAGACCAAGCUGGCUGGAGCUGGGCCUAAUUCUAGUCGUGCUAUCUGCCAGGUUGAGGAUUGCAGGGCUGAUCUGAGCAAGUCUAAAGACUAUCAUAGACGACAUAAGGUCUGUGAGAUGCAUUCCAAGGCUAGCAAGGCGUUGGUUGGGAAUCAAAUGCAGCGUUUUUGCCAGCAGUGUAGCAGGUUUCAUGCACUUCAAGAGUUUGAUGAAGGAAAGAGAAGCUGUCGCAGGCGCUUGGCAGGCCACAACAAAAGGAGGAGGAAAACCCAAACGGACAAUGUCAGUAGUAACAUUCCUGUCAACGACAGCCAGGCAAGUGGUUAUCCGCUGAUGAGCAUACUGAAGAUACUCUCCACCAUGUAUUCCAAUAGGUCGAACCACACUGAUGAUUAUAAUCUGCUCUCUCAUCUGCUUCAAAGCCUUGCCAGGCAGGGAUCCUCACGCUGUGAGAGAAACAUAAGCGAACCAUUACAAGAAUCUCAAAAUUUGCUUGAUGGUAUGCCUUCAAUGGGAAGCUCGGGAUUAGCAUCUAUGCUACUCUCAAACGGAAAAUCUAGACAGGAAGAAGUUACAAUCCCUGGCGAUGAAGCAAGGAAGGAUAAAGAUUCACGUGCCACCUCUCAGGGGCCUGGGAUUAUGUCACUCACUCAGACUAGUUCUGAACUUUAUGCUCACAGGAAGGAGAUUUCUGGUGGGAGGAACAAAAUGAAUGACUUUGAUUUGAAUGAUGUCUAUGUUGAUUCUGAUGAUGGCACAGAUGAAAUGGAAAGAUCAGCCAUUCCACAGGGUAGUGGAGCUGUUUCUGUUGGAUGUCCUUCAUGGGUGCAGCAAGUAUCCCGCCAGUCAAGUCCUCGUCAAACUAGUGGAAACUCCGAUUCUCCAUCUGCACAGUCUCCAUCGAGUUCCAGCGGAGAAGCUCAGAAUUACACAGAUCGCAUAGUUUUCAAACUAUUUGGCAAAGAGCCUAGUGACUUUCCCAUUGUUUUGAGAGCACAGAUUUUUGAUUGGUUAUCCAACAGCCCUACUGACAUAGAAAGCUACAUCAAGCCAGGUUGUGUGAUUUUAACCGUCUAUCUUCGUCUGUCAGAGUCUGAGUGGGAGGAGCUUUCCUGCAACUUGAGAUCCAGUCUGGGCCGGCUUCUGAAUUUAUCUGAUGAUACCCCUUUCUGGAAUACUGGAUGGAUCUAUACUGUGGUGCAGGAUCAGAUAGCAUUUAUUUAUAAUGGACAAGUUGUGGCUGAUACAUCUUUGUCUCUUGGAAUCGAUGAUGUAAUCCUGAGCAUGAAACCUAUUGCCGUGACAUCAUCUGGGCGAGCUCAAUUCUACAUCAAAGGUUCUAAUUUAUCUCGAACCUCCACAAGGGUAUUAUGUUCCCUGGAAGGAAAUUAUCUGGAAGGUGAUACCGAGCCCAUGGAAUAUGGCGAUGACCUAGAUGGCCAUGUUCAAUGUCUAACAUUUUCCUGCUCUAUUCCUGCAGUCAAUGGAAGAGGUUUUAUUGAGGUUGAAAAUCAUGGUGUCGGCAGCUUUUUCUUUCCAUUCAUAAUUGCUGAGGAUGAUGUUUGUGCUGAGAUUCGUAUGCUGGAGGAAGAGGCUGAAGUUAUUGGUGUGCGUGAUUCACCAAGAGAAACGGCGAGAUACGAUAGGCGGAAUAAAGCAGUGGAAUUUAUUCAUGAAUUGGGAUGGCUUCUUCAUAGACUUCAAUUGAAGUCUCGAACAGAAGGCGCAGAUCCUAAUCUGAGUUUCUUCCCCUUUGAACGGUUCAAGUAUCUUGUAGAGUUCUCAAUGGAUCGUGAAUGGUGCUCUGUUGUGAAUAAGCUCCUGAAUGUUUUUUUUUGUGGGAUAGUUAGCGGUGGAGAGCAGCCUCAGCCUUUGUUAAAAUUUGCUUUGGCUGAACUGGGGCUGCUGCACCGAGCAGUGCGAAGGAAUUCAAGAAUACUGGUGGAGAUGCUGUUGAGAUAUGUCCCCGACAAAGUAGCAGAUGAAUUAUGUUGGGAAUACAAAUCCAUUGUUGAAGAAAGAAGUUGCUUGUUUAGACCUGAUGUCUCGUGGCCUGGUGGUCUGACGCCACUUCAUGUAGCUGCAGGUCGGGAUGGAUGUGAGGACACCUUGGAUGCUUUGAUUGAUGAUCCUGGAAAGGUGGGAAUUGGUGCGUGGAAGAGCGCCCGGGACAGUGCAGGACUCACGCCUGAAGAUUAUGCCCGGCUGAGAGGGCACUACUCGUAUAUCCAUCUUGUUCAGAGGAAAAUCCAUAGGGCGGCAUCUUCUUCGGGGCAUAUGGUGGUCGACAUAUCUGACAAUAUGGGUGGUGGCAACACAGGCAGCAGCGGCUUCAAGAGUAAUUUUGAGAUUGAAAAGUCUGUUGGGAUUGGGAUUGGGAUGGGGAUGGGGAUGAAGCAGCAGCAUAUGCAGGUGCCCUGCAGUGUGUGUGCUGGGAAGCUCACUAACAGCAGCAGCAGCAGCAGGGCAGGAGGUGGAAGGCUUCUGUACCGGCCAGCGAUGCUGUCAAUGCUGGCAGUAGCUGCUGUGUGCGUCUGCGUGGCUCUUCUCUUCAAGAGCUCGCCUCAAGUUCUGUUUGUGUUUCGUCCAUUCAGAUGGGAGAUGUUGGAGUACGGCUCCAGCUGAUGAUGAUGAUAAAGAGUGUGAGUGUGGUAGAAUUAAUAGUAGAAGAAGAAGACCACCAAAGUGUAAUCAAUCAAUCAAUAGCCGCUAAUAAUCUGCUCUCGUGUUUGUGUUUUGUGUGUGUGUUUGUAGACAGUGUAGAACCAACCCCACCGGCACCGUCUGUCAGAUAUAUUUAUGUAUGUAUGUAUGUAUGCAUAUGCAAAGACUUGAGGAAGGAGUGGAGUACCGACCAGCCAACCAUAGGCUGAGACCUAAGGGAUAGCACCACAGCCGCCGCCGCCGCCCAAAUAAGAUAAAAAAGACAAGACAGCGGCAGAGGCAGGCAGGCGGACAGACGUGCGUAGUGUAAUUAGUUAUGGCACUGUUUCUUGCUGCUCUUAAUUUAUUUGACUGACUGACUGAC